AGGUCCCUUGUUCAUCACGCAAGAGCCACUUUGGCUUGCAAUUUGGCUUUUGCCUUUUGGUGAUGCUGUAUUAGCGAUGCAAAGCUCACGCUCGUACCUAUCUGAAGAAACAUGCGCGGCUUUUCUGGAUAUCCCUGAGAAGAUCAACAUCCAUCUUCCCCGCUUUCCUUGGUUGUUUGAUCGACCUACUCCGCUGCGCAGCUGAGAGAAAUGACCUCGUUAUCACCUCAUGUCACGCGCGCAGGAGAGUCGUCGGAUAGUCACGUCGAGCGAGCAGCCGGCUGUGACACGCGCGCGCCGUUGAUCGCGGCGCCUCUCGCAACACGCACGGACGAGGCGGAGCUCGCGAAGCCCCUUGGUCCCAACCCGCGCGGCGAGUCGUCGCUCACUCGCUUCCGCUCCCCCGACCGCGAGCCGCGGCCGCGCGCUGACGAGGCGGGGCCGAUCGGCGGAGUGAGGGUGAGGGGCGAGGGGAGCGCGGGGGGAGACGCGGAGGUGACGGAACGGCUGAAGGACACGUGGCGCGGGGAGCAGCAGCGUCUGCGCCAGCGGUUGGUCGUUGGAGACGCAUUUGAUUGGCAGCCGCCGCCGCUGCUGCGUUCGGCGGGGAAUGCGGAGAGGACCGGGGAUGGGGAGAGCAUGGGGGGUGCGGGGAUUGGAGAGUGUAGGGAUGGGUGGGGGAGAGCGGAUGCGCAAGGGGACGCCAAGGGAAGGGGCGAUGGGGAGGGGGGGUGCAACGAGGGUUGCAGACACGACCUAGAGGGAGGGCCAUAUUCCCAGUUACAACCUCCCCAGUCUCACCACCCCCAGUUGCAACCGCCCCAGUCCCACCUACCCCAGUUGCGACCUCCCCUGGUCCUGGUGGGUGGCGUGGACGUGAGCUUCCACAAGAGCGACCCCAACCUGGCGGCAGCAUGCCUGACAGUUGUGGCCUUCCCCAGUCUGCACCUGCUGCACUCGGAAAUCACGCUCACCAGAGUCACCCAGCCGUAUAUCCCCGGGUUCCUGGCGUUCAGAGAGUGCGGCGUGCUGGUGGGGCUGAUCGAGCGACUGAGACAGACUCAGCCACAGCUGGUGCCGCAGGUCAUCAUGGUGGAUGGCAAUGGCAUCUUUCAUCCACAGGGGUUUGGACUGGCGUGUCAGUUGGGCGUGCUGGCCGACAUUCCAACCAUUGGCGUGGCUAAGAAUAUGCAUUGCAUGGAUGGCAUGACGGACCAGCAAGUGUGUGACCGGUGUGCCAUGCGUCAUGUCCUCAGGCACCCCUGCGUGCACCACUGCAUGCACCGCGACAUGCAACCCCCGCACGCCAUGAUCAGAUGUAUUACAUGGACGGCAUGGCAGACGAGCACGUGUGUGGCUUGCAGCAGCAGCAUCUGCACCACCCUGGCGACUGGGCCCUACUCAAGGGCUCUAGCGGCGCCACACACGCUGCCCUGGUGAGGGGCGGCCCUGGCAGCCACGACCCGGUUUUUGUGUCGGUGGGGCACCGCGUGUCGUUGGAGUCAGCAGUGGCGGUCACCCAGCGCUGCUUCAAGCACCGAGUGCCCGAGCCAGUGCGACUGGCAGACGGCAUGUCCAGAGCUGAGCUGAGGGGAGUGGCGGCUGCAAGCACAUAGUGUCGCCGCUGUCAGCACUGGCAGCCACAACGGCUGCUGCAAGCACAGAAUGGCAGAUGGCAAGUCGAGUGCAGAGGUGAGGAGAGUGCUUGCAGGCAGCCACAACGGCUCUCUGCAAGCACAGGCUGGCAGAUGGCGAGUGAUGCAUGGUGGACCUUUGACUGAGCUGAGAGACCUAGGGCAAACCAGCUGACUUGUGUUCUAGUGCUCAGGCUUCAGGAUCAAGUUCUCUUGGCGGUGGCUAUGUGCAGAGAGGUUUCUCAUGGUGUGUCUGGACUCUGGACUGUGCAUAUCUGCUGUACAGACUGAAGCAUUUUCUUGUACAAAUAAAUGCAUCUCCUGUACACAAGGUUUCCUU